UAGCUUCCGGUUUUAGGCUGAAAUUGACACACAAUGAGGAGCAGGGAACAAACUCGCGAAACGCCGCUGUAAAUAAAUAGAACAAUCACUGAAGCCACGGAAUCAUGGAGAAUCAGUGCACAGUGCAGGUGAAGCUGGAGCUGGGACACCGAGCCCAGCUGAGGAAGAAGGUGACCUCGGAGGGCUUCACCCACGACUGGAUGGUGUUUGUACGAGGUCCGGAGACAGGGGACAUACAACACUUUGUAGAGAAGGUCGUCUUCCGGCUGCACGAGAGCUUCCCAAAACCCAAAAGAGUAUGUAAGGAGCCGCCAUAUAAAGUGGAGGAGUCUGGCUACGCUGGCUUCCUCAUGCCCAUCGAGGUCUACUUCAAGAACAAGGAGGAGCCCAAGAAGGUGUGCUUCAACUAUGACCUUUUCUUGAACCUGGAGGGGAACCCCCCUGUCAAUCACCUGCGCUGUGAGAAGCUCACAUUCAACAACCCGACGCGGGAGUUCAGACACAAGCUGGUGAAGGCUGGAGGGGUCAUGGUGGUGCCUGAAGGUGCUGAGGCGAUGUCCAGGCCCAGUCCAGACUAUCCCAUGCUCCCCACUAUCCCACUGUCUGCCUUCUCAGACCCCAAGAAGACCAAGACCUCCCAUGGCUCAAAGGAGCCGAAUAAAGAGGGCAGUGGAGGCAGCAGUAAAGGUCCCAAGCCUCACAAGCUGACCAAGGAGCACCGCGAAAGACCCCGCAAAGACUCUGAGAGCAAGGCGGCAUCCAAGGGCGACCGUGACGGUGGAGGAGGGGGCAGCAGCAAAAGUACCCGUGAACCCUCCUCCACCUCCACCUCUUCCAAGAAGCCAGCCGAGAUCAAAGUCAAAGAUGAAGGCAAGGUCCUUCCCAAGGCUGCCUUCAAAGAGCCCAAACUCACCCUGAAGGAGGCUAAGAUGGAGGGCACGUCUCCAAAAGGAGGGGGGGGCUGGGGGAGGGGGUGGUGGGGGAGGAGGGGGCCCCUUGAUACAAAAGCUCCUGGGAAGAGGCCUUCCACCAUGGAAUCUCCCAAACCCAGUGUGAAGAAGCAGAAGAAGGGCAGCUCAGAGGGACCGAAGGGGGCCGGCACUGUCACUGGAGCAUCUCCUCGAGUCUCCUCCUCGUCUACUGCCGCCCCUAGCUACCCAGAGAAGAAACCUCCAAAGGAGAAGGGGCGCUGGCCCAAAGGUGUCAAAGCCGACACUCAGGAGGUCAAGGAGCCCAAGAAACUGCCUGAGUCGGAUGAGUCCAACUCUGAGGAUGAAGCCUCAUCCAAAUCGGAGCAGUCAGCCCCCUCCAGUCCGUCAAACUCCAGCUCCACCUCUGACUCCAGUUCCGACUCUGACUUUGAACCUGGCCAGAAACAGGGCCAAGGCCCUCUGCGCUCUAUGGUGGAGGAUCUACAGUCAGAGGAGUCGGAUGACGAUGACAGCAGCUCAGAGGAAGGGACACCUGUUAAGACCAACCCGCCCAAUCGUGACUCUCGACUGAGCUUGGACAGUGAGAGUGACAGUAGUGAUGGCUCGCACCGCCCCAGUCGAGAUCCAGUGCCUCCACAGAAACAUAGCUCCUCAAAUAACAAGGUCCCGGGCAGGAAGAGCCCGGACAUCUGCAGCCGCCCGGAGAAGGUGCUGAAGAAGGGCUACGACAAGGCCUACACAGAGGAGCUGGUGGACCUCCACCGCAGACUGAUGGCUCUGAGGGAGCGCAACGUCCUUCAACAGAUUGUGAAUUUGAUCGAGGAGACUGGCCACUUCAAUGUGACCAACACCACCUUUGACUUUGACCUGUUCUCUCUGGACGAGUCGACUGUCCGCAAACUACAGAGCUACCUGGAGGCGACGGCCACGUGACAGGAAGCCCGCGGGGCGAGGGAGCGCCGCUGGGCCGGUGCUGGGCUGCUCUUCCUCCUCAGCUCCUGGAGCUGUGCUGGGCAGGGGGGAGGAGGAGCUGCAGUCACAGCCGCACCACAGACGGAGCUAAAUCGCAGAACAACAGAACACACCCCUUCACUAGUUGCUGGAGAAGAACAGAGCGGAGGAACAGGGUGAGGAAAGGAGAAUUGGGGGUACGGGAGCAGCUACGCCUCUGUCCCUCUAACCUGGACCCGACCGACCUGGAGGAGCUGGGCCUGGACUGGUACUGACGGGAGAUAUAUUAUAUAUGUUUCUGGUGGCAAGGAGGGGAGCAGCCUGUGUAGAACUGUGGAAUGCAACCACCCAAAUCUCCCUCCCCCUCCUGCUCCCCCACUCACUUUUAGCCCCCCCCACCCCACCCACCCACACUCCCUUAUUCUGUACAACACUCCUCCCCUCCCCCUCCUUUCAGCAGAAGAGCAUUUCUUUGGAGGCAUGUGUGUAUGCGUGUGUGGCUGUGGGUGUGGGAGAGUUUACUUGAGCAUUUCAGAGGCUUUAAGGGGGAGUGAUGUCUGUGGUCGGUGACUUUUGUGUUCUUUUAACUUGAGCACAAGCGACACGCUCACUGUGAGAGACAUUUCCCAUGUCAGGGUGUCAACACACAGAGACACAGGCUCUAGGUUGUAGGUUUGCCUGUUGCCGGUAGUGUGUUUCUGGAUGGGGCUAGGCUCUUGUCACUCGAGUUCCCCUUCACUCCCACUGUCACCCUCGGUCCCUUCCUCUGCUGGUUUUUAUCUGCUUGAAAGGGCUCAACUGCUGGGGGAAAGUGCUGUGGGGGAUCACUUCUGAAUUGCCUUUUUAGUGGUUGGUGGUGAAAAGCCGUGACAGGCAGCCAUAGUAUCGUUGAUCCGGGGGGGGGGGGGGGGGGCACGCUUUUUUACGUCAUUUUUUUACGGAUAAGCUUGUAUUUCUUUGGAAUGCGGUUCAGAUACCUGUGAGCUAUGAAUGUAUUACGCUUAAUUUUGUAGGGCUUGCAACAAACCUACUAUCCUCUUAGUGCCUUUAUGCGUUGGCCAGUUUGGGGAGAGAAUACUCUCUCUCUCCACUGACAUUGAUUAAAGAGCUAAGUCCCUCUGAAUCAGUGUUAAUUGGCGAGCCUGAAACUCCAGUUUUGUUGUAAAGAAGAUAGCUUCUUUUUUUUUUCUUUUUUUUUUUACAAUUGAAUGAAAUAAUCAUGUAAAUUGCGUGACGUUGUAGAGGAGGCCUGUUUUUUAGAAACGUACCACAACAAUCAAUUCACUGCUUCAUCUUGGUUGAUGGUAUGAGGGCUCCAAAAAACACCAACAAAUGCUGCAAUAGAUCCCAAAUAUGUUGUUUUAGAAACAUAGACAUUGUCUGUAUAUUGAUAAGGGGUCAUUUAAGUCUUCAGAUAUUGUACACAGGGCAAGAUUGGCCUUCUUAAACUUCAUUUGGAACAUUCCAUUUUCAUCAACUCCUUUCCAGCUGUUGGAACCUCCUGGUAGCCUGUUGCUGGAAUGGACCGAAGUGGCAAUGGAGUGGCAAUUAUCCGAAUACCGUUUGGGAUGAAUCUUGUCAUGUAUACAGCUUCUGAAGACAUGUUUCAAGGAAAAAAUAAUUUGGGUGUUUUGGAGCCUUUAUUUGUGUUAUUUUGGGAAACCCCCAUACUGCAAUGUGAGUGAAUUGCUGGUCAGGGUAAGUUUCUCCAAAACAAACAUAUAUUUGGUUGUUGAAAGAAAAAAAAAAGAUCAACAAAAAAAAAAUUACAAUCAAGAUUCUUGUUUAAGGGUGUAUUCUCUCUGAGCCUGUUUGACGCUCUUCGGUUUUCUAUGCUGAUUGGAGACUUCUCUCAGUGAUCUGUCUCUGCUAUUAUUUGGAAAACAAGCCUUCCAGAAAUCCUAAGACACAUCUGUGCAUCAGCAGUGGUACAUUAGGGAAAGUUCAGGCGUCAUAUCCAAACAAUUGCCUUGUUUCUUUCCAAUGUGAACGGUUGUAGAGCUGAUGUGGCACCGGAGGUGUUGUUUUCUGUGGAGACGGGACAGUGCCAGAACAUGCCUCUCUCCGUCAGUCCGUUAGCCAGCUUGGCGUACUCUCCUUACGGUGGCCCCUCCACUGUGGUUUGGCACUCUUAACACUGUCUUCUCUACUUCUAUUUCCAGGUGACCCCCACCCUUUACUUCCCUGCUCCCUGGCUUUCUGCUCCACCCUGUGAAAACGUGUAUUUAUUCUGAUGCUGAUAGCUUUAAUAGUGGUGUCCAUUCUGUUGCCCGGCUCUGCAAACUGCAAACAAACACACCUCUCCGCCCCUUAUGUUUUCCUCUGUGGUGUUGAGGACUCAGUCUGAAUGUGUGGAUCUGUUCUGGAGUGAAACAUGCGCCUUAUGUUCCUCUCAGUGUCCACUCUGUGUCCACCUCCCCUUUAUUAGUCAGGUGUGCCUAUCCCUGGCAGCGAUUUUGAAAAGAUUCACUGUGUGUCUGUGUGUCUGUGUGUCUGUGUGUCUGUGUGUCUGUGUGUCUGUGUGUCUGUGUGUCUGUGUGAGAGAGAAAAAAGAGAAUGUUGCUAUCCUCUUGUAUGUCUGAACUUUUCACUCCAAGUCCUAGUUCAUGAACUCUGCCCUUUGACCGUGCGUUCAGUCUGUCCCUUGUGUUGUGGAGUGGGGACACGGGCAUGAAUGCUGUGGGGGUGGGGGCGCUGAAGGGUUGAGUGGCAGACGGCUCUGUGCAGCUCUAGAGAGAAGCCCCACCAACCGUCUACCACCAGUCAAUCUUUUAUUUAUGUACCUCUGCACUUUUGGCUGUGGUGACUUCAGUACUUAAGUAAUUAUCUAAACUGUAUUUUUAAGAAUUUUAUACAAUAUUUACAUGCAAUACAAUAUGAAUAGAUUUUUUGCCAACCUUUUUUAAAAUUCUUAUUUAAUAAUGUUUUUUUUUUUUUUUAUUGCCAUGUUUUGUCAUUAUACAUACAGAAACAUGCCCAUCGGUUGUGUUCUUCUAGGCAAAGUGUCGCAUCAUGGAGAAGUUCCCUGAUUGUUGUAUUGUGUAUCAUAGUGGUUGCCAUUGGACACCAUGGAACAGGUGUUGGGAAUGUGUUUGAUGUAUGAGCUAACCUUGAUGAUAUCAUCCAGUAUAAGUAUAUCAUGGAGGAAAAGGUGGACUUUUCAGUGAGAAUAAGUAUUUUUAUGUGUAUGUCCUAUUCUUAUAAUUUGAGUGUUUUUAACUCAAAGUAUGAGGCAGUGUUUUAUUUGUCCAUACUCUAUGAGGUAUGGUUACAAAACCCAGGCACAAACUGUCACCCCUUCUUUGGUUCAAUAUUACUGUUUUUAGCCAAGUGUGAUCCCUUAAAGCGUAACACAAAUAACAUCAUAGGAAAGGAUUCCAUGGUGGGAGGAAGCAUUUCACUUGAAACUAUAUUUAUACAUAUAUAUGUAUAUGUUUCAUAAGCAUACCUAGACCAUACUGUGUGAAGUUUAACAGGAUGAAAGGAGAAAAAGAGACGGUGACUUCCUUCUCCAGACUCUGUUAGGAACAUGAGGUGGCAUGUGCAGAGGGCUGUUUCCUGUGUCAGUGAGUGUCAUGAUAGGUCUGUGACAGGGGACUGGGUUGGCUGUAUUUAUCAAGGGAGGGUUUGCUGGG